AUGGGUGGCCGCGGAGGUGGUGGACGCAAAGUCCUGCUCCCGCCUAUCAACUUCAUCUUCAAGCUCCUCCAAACGCACGCGACGGUCAAGAUCUGGUUGUACGAGCAGCUGGCGAUCCGGAUUGAGGGCAAGAUCAGAGGUUUCGAUGAGUUCAUGAACCUCGUUGUCGACGAUGCGGUCGAAGUAAAACAAGUCACGAAAACGAACCCGGAGGAGAAGAGAAGGCAGCUGGGUCAAAUCUUGCUGAAGGGUGACAAUGUGUCGCUGAUUCAAGAGGCGGUAUGA